GUUCUGUUUAUUUUAACAGUCCAUGUUGGCUCUGGCCAGGCUAUAUUUAACAGUGGAUGAUCUGGAUUCCUGUCAGCAACAAUGUGUCCAACUUCUUAAAAUGGACUCGGAGAAUGACGCCGCCACUGUUAUGAUGGCUGAUUUAAUGUUCAGGAAAAAUGAAUACGAUUCUGCCACUUUUCAUUUCCAGCAAUUGCUGGAGAGAAAGCCAGAUCAUUACAGCGCUCUGGCCCGCCUUAUCAAUCUUCUCAGAAGAGCAGGGAAACUGGAAGAGUGUUCCAAAUACCUCGAACAGGCUGAAAGUGCUAUACCACGUGCAGCAAUGGAUUCUGGGUUAAAUUAUUGCAAAGGACUCUUUCACUGGUAAGAUUAUGUAGAGUUAGAUGUCGUGUUUCAGUCAGUAUCUUCUGUUCUAGGAUAGGCCGAGCCCGCAGUUUGAAUCGGUUACGAUGUUGCUAAGUGACAUGACAUACUCGAUGACGUCAAGCUAUGAUGACAACUUUCGGGCUCUCGUCUUAAUUUUUUAUUGGCUAAUGAGAAGCAGAAGCUAUAUUAUCUUUUUAUCGACACGGUUCUUACAAUCUUACUCUGUCGCUAUAUUUUUCAUUUACACUGGUAAGUUGGUUUGUGAAAAUGGGCUAAACCAUUGACCUCUGUUUGUAUUUACUUGUAAUGGAUGUCACUAAAAGGGUCGGUGAACAACUGUAACUUCUUGGCAAAGCUUAUCAGAUUGCAAACAACUAUUCCUUAAAGUUUAUCAUCAUGGAAAGAUCUGAAUAAAAGGACUGUUUGAGUGUAAACCCUUUU